UCCGGAGAGGCUUUCAGAGGCUUUCAAACAUUGACAGAGGCGUUUGCGCGUCGAACGCCGCUGGUAGCUUGUCAGCGUACAUCCGGCGGUAACGAACGCACCAGGGAAGGCUCGAGGAUGUCACGAUCGUGCCCUCUUACGGUCCCGCCAUGACGCACUUGCCUUUGCUGACGCGAUGAAAGCCCACAGACAGCCCGAAAUAAAAACCCCGUCCGUGUCGACGAAGGGCACCAGUGUCUCCGUCUCCCACUUCAUAACAGCCCGCUCCUCUUACACUCAUACUGCGCGAGCAAGAUGUCCCUCUUCCACAUUCCUCCCCCACCCACCAAGACCCGCCUGGGUCGGCACCGUCAGCUCUCUAAGCUCGCGGGGGUGCACGUCUCGCCGCUCUGCCUGGGAGCGAUGUCCAUUGGCGACCAGUGGGAGAAGAUCGGUUUCGGCGCCAUGGACAAGGAGAGCAGCUUCAAGCUGCUCGACGCAUUCUACGAGGCCGGCGGGAACUUCAUCGACACCGCCAACAACUACCAGGACGAGACGUCCGAGAUAUUCAUCGGCGAGUGGAUGGAGCAGCGCGGAGUCCGUGACCAGAUGGUCAUUGCAACGAAGUACUCCACGAACUACAAGCGAGGAUCCGAUAUUCCCCAACAGACACACUAUGUGGGGAAUAACAUCAAGUCCCUCCACAUGUCCGUUACAGCCUCGUUGAAGAAACUUCGCACGGACUACAUCGACAUCCUCUACGUCCACUGGUGGGAUUGGUCCUGUGGCGUUGAGGAGGUCAUGAACGGCCUCCACAACCUCGUAGCCCAGGGCAAGGUUCUCUACUUGGGCAUAUCCGACACGCCUGCGUGGCUCGUCUCCAAGGCGAACAUGUAUGCGCGGAUGGCGAACAAGACGCCGUUCGCGAUCUACCAGGGCGCGUGGAGCGUCCUGCAGCGCGACUUCGAGCGGGACAUCAUCCCGAUGGUGCGUGAGGAAGGCAUGGCGCUCGCGCCCUGGAAUGUGCUUGCUGGAGGGAAAAUCCGGACGGAUGCUGAAGAAGAGCGCCGCCGUCAGACGGGCGAGAAAGGUCGCCGUACAUUCGCCCCUCAAUGGGAGCGCACGGAAGACGAGCGCAAGGUCUGCCUCGCCCUCGAGAAGGUCGCCGGAGAGGUUGGCGCGAAGAGCAUCACUGCAGUGGCACUGGCGUACGUGAUGCAGAAGACGCCGUACGUGUUCCCGAUCAUCGGCGGACGCAAGGUCGAGCACCUGCUCGACAACAUCUCCGCGCUCGACAUCGCGCUCAGCGAGGAGCAGGUCCAGUACCUCGAGGGCGUCCUGCCGUUCGUCCGCGGGUUCCCGCACGACAUGAUCGGCGAUGGCACGGGCUACGGAUUCUUGAACGCGAUGGGUGGUUACUUCGACCGCUGGCCGCGCCCUCAGGCCCUCAGACCGACGGCAGCGUAGAGGGUCCAGGAGUUCACAGUCGUGCUGUGCAUUGCGGAUAGGCAUGACGUGUAGGGAAUAAUCUGUUGUAGUAUACAGCAAUGAACGCCGCUCAGACUUCUGAGCUCGUACUACUAGAGUGUCUUCUGCUCAUUCAUUGUAAUUUGUAAGUUACCAAGUACGCAAACGAGUACUUCUUUGGA